GUUCUGGGUCACACAAUGGUAAGAAGGUGUCUUCAGAGUCUGAAUCUGUUUUUGCUAAUGGAUUAUAGUUUCUCCUGGAACAAGAACCUAUCUCUGAGGAAGACGCUGGUCCUCUGGAAACAGCAACCUUUCAGGGCCUUUUUCACUGACAGGAGAAAGCUUCAUGCUGCACCAGUAGUGCGAACGUUCCGACUGCGCCCUUUCUACUUUCUGGUGGCUACAGGCGGGGGAUAUGUGGGAUACACACAAUAUGAGAAGUACAGGGUGGAGCAGCUGGAGAAAAUGGGCAUUGAGGCACCAAUCAAGAUUGCAAGUGAAUGGGAGGUUUCUUUGUACAAAUCUGUACCAACACGAUUGCUUUCACGAGCCUGGGGUCGUUUGAACCAGGUCGACCUGCCCACCUGGCUUCGGAAGCCUGUGUACAGCCUAUAUAUCUGGACAUUUGGUGUGAACAUGAAGGAAGCAGCUGUUGAAGAUCUUCAUCACUACAGAAACCAGCGAAGGAAGCUGAAACCUCAGUCCCGGCCAGUCUGCUGCUAUCACAGUGUGAUCAGUCCCUCAGAUGGAAAGAUUCUGAACUUUGGACAAGUGAAAAACUGUGAAGUGGAGCAGGUAAAGGGUGUCACCUAUUCACUGGAGUCCUUCCUGGGGCCAUGCACCAGCAUAGAAGACAUGCAGUUCAGCCAAACCUCAUCCUCCAACUCAUUCCAGACCCAGCUAGUCACAAAGGAGGGGAACGAGCUCUAUCACUGUGUCAUCUACCUGGCCCCUGGAGAUUAUCACUGUUUCCACUCGCCCACUGACUGGAGAGUGUCGCACAGACGCCACUUCCCAGGCUCCCUGAUGUCUGUGAAUCCCGGUGUUGCCCGCUGGAUCAAGGAACUCUUCUGCCAUAAUGAGCGGGUUGUUCUUACUGGUGAUUGGAAACAUGGCUUUUUCUCCCUGACAGCAGUAGGAGCCACAAAUGUAGGCUCCAUCCGCAUCUACUUUGACCGGGAUUUGCACACUAACAGCCCCAGUUACUCCAAAGGCUCUUACAAUGACUUCAGCUACAUAACCAACAAUAACAAGGAGGGCAUCCCUAUGAGGAAAGGAGAACAUUUAGGAGAAUUUAACCUGGGCUCAACCAUUGUGUUAAUCUUCGAGGCACCAAAGGACUUCAACUUUCACCUCAAACCUGGACAGAAAAUCCGCUUUGGAGAGGCCCUGGGCUCCCUAUAGAAGCCACAAGAGGAUUUUAUACCCCAAAGGCAACUCAAACAAGACAAAUGUUUCACUAAUGGAAAAUAUCACUCAGCAGGACCUGGGUGAGGAUAAUAUUAGGCAACAUGGUUGUGUAAAACUGGGGUAGGAGUAUUUGCCCUAUAUCACAUACCCAUGUUGACAGGAGUAAAAUAAUCAGAUGAUCCAUAUACAUAUCAGGUACAUAUGCCUUUAAGAAUGUUGACCAGAGUGGUUUCUGUCCCACUCUGUGCCUAAAGUCUUUCACACUCUCCCAGUCAAUGUGUUCCAUUCAUACAGAGCCUGUACAGUCCUACUGGGCCUGUCUGCACUCUGGAACUGCCCUGGGGAGGGGUGAAGGCAGAGAGAUUAAGCUACCUUUAAAGGGACACUGAUAGGUUGACAUAGACCCAAGUUUUCAAUUCUGUAAAACAAAGUUGCAGACCCCAGAAGUGUCUAAUACAGACAUGACAUCAAAGUAUGGGAAAUAGGAAGUCACAGUGCCUAGUCUACUUUCAUUGUUCAACCUAGGUGAAAUGCAUAAUGUAAACUAAUGGCACCAGUGAUGAUACAAGUACAUCAGAUUCAAAUUCUGUUUAAUAUACUGGUGGCAGAUAUGGAAACUUAAUUUUUAAAUGCCUUUAACCUGUCAUUGUCCCUUUUAACAUUGGACUUUGCACUGGAUUUUAAACCUGAAAACUGUGUCUACAUUCCAUGUGGUUGAACUUCUCAUCUUUUUGAAAAAAGUGUAUUUUUUUAGCUUGCAGCAGUCUGACUGCUGCAUACUCUCCCUGAUCCAUAGUUUUACUUUUGCCAUUCCAGGCCUUAAGGAUUUUGUGUAUACAAAUGGCAAUUAUUACUCUUCUCAGUUAUCCAGAAACUACUGAGGAAUUAAGCUUGUGACAAAAUAAUAACAGGUAGUUAAGGGAUUUGCUCCCUUCACAUUGCAGGGGUGAAGUGUCCAUCAAUACAGUACUCCCCUUCACCACCACAGUGAGGCUGCAAAGUAGAUUUCCCUGUCUGCUGUACAUGUGCUGUUUGUUGUCAUAACCUGCAGAGUUUGUCAUUGAGUUUUUGGUGUGGAAAUUUCUCUAUGUACAAAAUAAUGUGAAAUACAUCCAGGCCUGUUUUUCAGUGCACAGAGUGAAAUGCCAUGGGCACUGACUGUGUAUUAAAAACCAUUCUGGUCCUUUGGGACAAUCUAAGGUUGCUUCCUCAGUGCACUAACUUGCUUUCCUAUCCUUUAGUUGACUUGCAAAUAUUUGUUUAACUUAAAUGCCAAACUUCCAUUUUUCUUUUGCACUCUUAGCUGGUGCCCUCUCUGAAGUUUCAUCCUGCAGUAACUUCAGUCUGUGUAGAUUCAUACCAAGCAGGGUUAGAAUGGACAUAGUAACAACCCCCUUUGUCACCAAAUGGAACAUAACACUAAGAAGAGUUUUAAGCUUCACAUUGCCAAUAAUGGGAUUGACAGCAACUGGUGCCAAAAGUGUUGAACAACUCACAGCUGCAAUGUACUGCUUGUUCUUACUGAAUAAAUUCUAUUUUGCGCCAAAGAA